GUGAAUAUGCUUGGAGUGAAGCUAGAGGCUAAAACCACAAAUAAAAGAGGCAAGUGGCUUUCAUUGUAAGCUUGCUAUAUAUAAUUGCCCUGUAAUAUAUAAAAUAUUGGUAAAGGAAUAGCUAGACAGCUAGCAGAGAGCGAUCGAUCGGAGAAGGCGAUGGAGAGAUUGAAAGGAGGGCUGAGCCACCUGUGGAUGAUGGUGUUUCUGCAUAACUUCUCGUCGUUCAUGGUGGUUCCGGCCAUCACAGACGUCACCAUGGCCGCCCUUUGUCCCGGACAAGACGAGUGCUCCCUUGCCAUUUACCUCACUGGUUUUCAGCAAGCGGUCAUAGGAUUGGGAACUCUUGUGAUGAUGCCUCUAUUGGGUAAUUUCUCUGAUAUAUAUGGGAGGAAGGCUAUUCUCACAAUCCCGAUGACCCUCACCAUGAUUCCUCUAGGCGUAUUAGCUUACAGCAGGACACAGAAAUUCUUCUACGCUUACUACGUCUUCAAGACUCUCGUUUCCAUGGUUUGUGAAGGAAGUGUCCCUUGCCUUGCUCUGGCUUACGUGGCGGAUAAUGUGAGCGAAGGGCAUCGAGCUGCUGCAUUUGGAAUUCUGACCGGCAUUGGUUCCGCUGCGUUCGUCUGCGGCACCUUAUCAGCUAGGUUCCUUUCCACCGCGCACACUUUUCAGGUUUCUACUCUUGUUGCGGUGAUGGCGGCGGUGUACAUGAGAGUUUUCCUUCCGGAUUCAAUCAUCGAUCCCAAUCUUUCUGCUCCACUCACUCCACAAGCAAAGCUCAAGACUGCUAAAAUCGAUUCACUGCCAAAAUCAAAUGUGAAUCCCUUUAAAACGUUGCCUUCAUUGAAGGACUUAACCUCCUUGCUGGGUAGUAGCUUGAUUGUUACACAAACAGCAAUUGUUGCAUUUUUCAGCAACCUCGCCGAUGUUGGCCUUCAUGGUUCAUUAAUGUAUUACUUAAAGGCUCGGUUUCAUUUCGACAAGAAUCAGUUUGCUGAUUUAAUGGUCAUUUCUGGGAUUGCAGGGACUGUUUCACAGCUUCUUCUUAUGCCCAUUCUUGCUCCAACUUUGGGAGAGGCAAGGUUGCUUUCAAUAGGACUUUUUUUCGGCUGUCUGCAUAUGAUCAUUUACAGCAUCGCAUGGGCCUCCUGGGUUCCUUAUGCUGCUGCAAUGUUCUCAGUAUUAAUUGUUUUCGCACAUCCUUGUAUGCGCAGUCUGGUAUCCAAACAUGUUCGUCCCUGUGAGCAGGGAAAGGCUCAGGGUUGUGUUUCAGGCGUAUGUUCAUUUGCGCAUGUUGUUUCUCCCUUGGCUUUCUCUCCUUUAACAGCCCUCUUCCUGUCUGAGGGGGCUCCUUUCAACUUUCCUGGCUUCAGCAUAAUGUGCAUUGGGUUUGCUUCGAUGGUGGCUUUUGUUCAAAGUACGUUCAUAAGGGGAGCUCCCCCUAUUUCGAGUGACACGAGCGAGAAUUGCUUGGAGGCAUAAUGUUAAAGAUCAUGAUUAUUAUUUUCUCAUUGUGGAAAAACACCCCACCUGGCUUCUUUCUUCCAUGCCUGGCUGUGUGGUGUUUCGUAUGAUUACAGUGGCCGUGGGUGUUAUUUGUCCCAACGUCGCCUUCAGCUGAGUUUUUGACAGAGAAACAAGAUGUUGAAGUCCACCUCUCGAUGUAUAAGUUGGUAGAGUGUUGUAAUUUUCAGGGUACUCAGUAGUCUCUGCCUGUCUGGGAUUCAAAUGGCAAAAGUACGAACAUCAAUAUUGUUUUUGUACUAUCAUUAGCGUUUUAGAAGUGCUGCAGUGUUCAGGAACUGUAAUAAGAAGCCCAAUAAAAGUACUUAUUUCCCUUGCUACGUUUAUGGAAAGGGUGAUAGCAUUUGGUCCA